UUAAGUGAAAGGUUUAGUGAAAGGUUUAGUGAGAGGUUAAGUGAAAGGUUAAGUGAAAGGUUAAGUGAAAGGUUAAGUGAAAGGUUAAGUGAAAGGUUAAGUGAAAGGUUAAGUGAAAGUUUAAGUGAAAGAAUAUUGUAUAAUGUAUAUACAGUGAUAACGUUUAAAUAA